AUGACAGCGGGAACGGUUGUGAUCACUGGCGGAAUCCUAGCUACGGUCAUCCUCCUCUGCAUCAUUGCCGUCCUGUGCUACUGUAGGCUUCAGUAUUACUGCUGCAAGAAGAGCGGAGCAGAAGAUGCAGACGAGGAAGAGGAGGAGGAGCACGAUCUGCCCACACACCCCAGAGGCCCCACCUGCAAUGCCUGCAGCUCCCAGGCCCUGGACGGCCGAGGCAGCCUGGCGCCUGUCCCCGGCGAGCCCUGCGGCCAACCGUGCAGGGUGGCGGCCGGCCACUGCACUGCCUGCUCCCCAUACAGCUCCCCCUUCUACAUACGGACGGCUGACAUGGUGCCCAAUGGGGGUGGAGGCGAGAGGCUCUCCUUUGCUCCCACCUACUACAAGGAGGGGGGACCCCCAUCUCUCCAAGUGGCAGCGCCCCAGAGUUACCCGGUGACGUGGCCAGGCUCUGGGCGCGAGGCCUUCACCAAUCCAAGGGCUAUUAGUACAGACGUGUAA